CAUUUUGGUGCGAAGGAAAUGUGGGGGCAAUUGGUCGGGCCGAUCGGGACGUACGACCUUCGCUUGCCGCUGUGUCGCAUCGGCCGCAUCAGCGCCAAGGCUGAUAUCGUCAUCCCCAAGCCAUGGAUCAGUGCGUUGCAAUGCACAAUCGAACUGCGACGAACUGGCAACAACGACCCGACGGUGUGGCUCAAGGACAUGAGUUCCAACGGCGUGUAUGUGAAUGGAGACAUUGUUGGCAAGUCUAUUGAGCGACAGAUCUUCGACAACGAUGAGAUUUACUUCACCAAGCCGUCGUUGCACACGCCGAACGUCGAGCCGACGUUCUUCCGAUUUCACUUUGCAAAUCAACCCCACUCCAUCAACGUAACUCCUGUGAAGGCAGGGAAGCGUUCGGUGCCAACUCCAGAUUCGAAAUCGUCGAGUGGCAGUGCGAAGAAGCUAUGCGUUGCGUCGUCGUCAUCGGCUCAGCGCGAUGAACUGGUUGUUGGGACCGAGUCCAUGCUAAAAGCUAACCAAGAAUUGCGUCAGCGUCUGUUCGAAGCCGGCAACCGCGAGAUAGAACUGAAGGAGCAACUGCAGGAAAUGCUGGCGAAUGUGCAGCGCCGAGAGCAUGAAAUCGACGAGCUGCGAGAAGAAGUGACGAAGGCUCGAGCGAAAUCGGUCGAGGAGGAGCACCUGCGGCUGGAACACGAAGCGCUGGAAGCCAAGUACAAGCAGGCUGAAGCCAAGUGCGUCGAGAUUGACCUGGGUUGGCUCAAGGACAAAGAGCUGCUCAAACAGUGCCAAGAAGAACUCGCCUCGGCCCUUCGAUCGACGCUCAGCCUGAACAACGUUGUCGACGUGCUCAAGAGCGAACUCGAGGAUGCACUGUCAAAAACUACGGCUGCCACGCAAAAGGCACGACAGCUGGAGAUCGACAACCAAAAAUUGGGGCACCAGCUCGAUUUGGUGCACCGGACGAGUGAUCACGAACAGGAACACAAUCGAGGAGCGAAGGAAGAGGUGCUCGUGAUGAAAGCACGGUUUGCGUCAGCCAGGGAAGCCUUUCGUCAUAUGCAAGAGUGCAUGGCGGCACUGGGCAACCAAAUUGAAGUCGUUCAUGAUGCUCAAGUGGACGAUGACGAGGCGGAAGAGACACAGUGCGUGCUGACAGAGCGGUUCUCGAGGGUUGACGACAGCGACGAUGACAAGGAGAAGGAAGACGACGAGUGCACCCACGCCCAAGAAGUUGGCGGUAAACUCGCCGACACGACGAUCGCAGAGACCACGACGCUGCAUGUCGAGGACCAAGCGUCGCCCCCAGCCAGUAGCAUGGGCAAUGACACUUCCAGUCAUCUUGUCGUCACCGAAUCAAAGCAGCGGUGGCUCCAGCUCAAAAAGGACUCACCCGUUGCUUCCGUCGAUGACUGCGGCCUAUUUGACGAGUCCCAGGAUGUGCGGCACCAGGCGUAAUCUAAACGAAUUACGUCCACGACGCUCGCCAGUCGCGCCCGUCUUGGGAGUUCGACCGAACGAAAACGAUUUUAUUGCGCUUUAAACUGCCUCCCAACGCAUCGGAUGAAGAGACCGCGGAAAUGUGCGAAAAUACAACACGUAAAAUUGCCUUAUAUAGAAAUGCACCAACAGUCG